AUGAAGGUCUUUCUAGUUGUAGCUGCCGCUUUGGCGACUAGCUCUAUCGCUGCUCCCACCACCGACAAGUCCCUUGCUGGCCGGGAGUCCCAUCUUUUCGAUGCCGGUGCUGAAGAGGGGGCAGUAAACGCUCUUUCAGUCGAUCUCGAAGGUUACAUCAGUAACCCCGAGGCUCAAAAGGCAACAACAAAUGUCAAACGAUCCAAGUCCAGCAAGGACAAGGCCCUUACCAAAACUUACAUGAUUUCACGAAAGAAGGGCUCGAGAAAAUCGCAUAAGAAACACCCGAAACGAUUGGUAAAGCUCAAGCUUUUCACUACAGGCUUCAAGAGUGGUCCAGAUAUUAUCGACAAUUUGGACAGCACUCUUGACCAAAUAACUGUUCAUACAGACAAGAUUGAUACUAUCCUUGCCCAAGUCGAUGCCGGGAAGCUCUCGGAAAAAAAAGGAACUACCGAUACUGUCAAAGAGAUCUCCAGCAUCCGCAACAUUCUAUCCGCUUCAUUGAACCGCCUCUCAGCUACGCACAACACCAAUUCUCUCAAACUCACGGACGGCGAACGCCAAACCAUCAUUGAGGAGAUCGACGAACUCCUCACCAAGCUGCUGAGAACUCUUGAAGAGAUCAUUCGAUCCUUGGGUGCUAGCCUCCGUAUGAACGCAUCUAUGAACCCUAUGAUGAAUGUCCUUACGAGCUUUUUGGGUGGCAUGGCAACCGCUGACAAGGGACUGGCCACUGAGUUGCAGAACUUGGUGAGCCUUAUCAUCAAAGACCAGGCUGCGGAAACUGAUGGAAAGGGACUUUCGCUUCUCUUGAGUGGGUUUGAGAAUUCGUUGCUCCGUCUACAUAGUAACCUGAAGGUGACUGGCAACUCCAACUGA